AUGCAGGAACAACAGCGGCAGCAUGGGCAACCUGCGGCGGACCGAGGCGCUCCCCAGCAGCAGCCCAUGCCAGCUCGGCAUCCGACGCAGUGCAGAAGCCGCGAGGCGGCACGCGCCGCGCAUGGAGAGCUGCGUUGCGCCUCCUGCGCGCUCUGCCUGGGACGCGGAGCUGGGCGGUGGCGGCGAUCAACGCAGGUCGCGCAGCCUGCUCCCUGUCGCGCCAGGAGCCAGGCUCGCACGGACCUGACAGCGACCGAAGCCACGCCUCCAAGGCUUCGCGACGCCUGCGGCGAGCGAGCCUCCGCGCCGCGGAAGCUCCCAGGGACUCGAUGUCCAACUGACGCUGGGCUGAGGGCCGCCACGAACUCGGACAGCCCCCCGUAG